GUGCACCGCUCGGCAGCAGCACCGCUCGGCAGCAGCAGCGCGACCUCGGCGUCGUGCUUGGCGCCUCUCGCAGCUCCGCGUGACGCUCCAUCUCUCCGCUCCACUGCCGCACCUCUCGCUGUAGCCUGCGUCGCGCCAGCCGCACGCCUCGGCACCCGCCAUGCCCUCGCUCGUCGAGUCCUCCAUGCCGGCUGCAUCCACGCCGUCGGCAGACCGCUUUGCCGGCAUCUCGACGCCGCCGCUCUCCUCGAGUGCCACAUUUGGCGCGAUGCGCGAUCCCUCGACGCCCACUGGCAGCAGCAACGUCUCCAACGGCGGCGGCUACCUGCACGGCGACCACUCGCCGGUGCACCACCGCUCGCCGGGCGCCAGCAGCUCGACGCGCGACCGCAGCAUCUCGAGCGGCACGGCGCCCGUGUCGCCGAACCCGAGCAUCAGCGGCAGCCGCGACAAGAAGUGGAAGUCGAUGCUGAACAAGUUCGGCUCGAUUGGCAAGAAGAGCAGCCACGCGGCCUCGUCGUCGCACGCUGCGGGUACCGUCGCAGGCAGCACCUCGUCCUCUGCCGAGUCGGGGCGCACGCCAAGCGGCGGCGACGGCCACACAAGCAGCAGCAAUGGCCGCUUCCAGCCGCUGCAGGGCAGCACCGUCGUGACGGACCCCAACUCCUUCUCCGGCGACUCGUACGACGACUCUGAGGGCACCAACGGCAGCUCCUCGCGCGGCGGCUCCUCAGGCGGCGCCGCUCCGGCUCUCUCUGCCUCGGCUUCGGGCAUGCCGGGCAUUUCCGCACAGCGAGCUGCUCGCUUGCAGGACGUGCGCAUGCCGACGAGUGCGCCGCGCCUGGCGCCCGCCGCCGAGGUCGACGGCGUCAUUGACGCCAACGGCGCGCCACAGCUGACAUUGCCUGGUAUUCCGGGCACUCCUGGCUCGCAGGCCGCCGCGACUACAGGCGCAACUGCGGGCGCAAGUAGCGGCAGUGGCAGUGGCAGCGGUGGCGGUGGCUUUGCUAGCAAGCUGCUGCGGCGCGUGUCGUCGGCGCCGGACACCAACAAGCUGCUGGCGCAGUCGCGCAGCGCCAGCGCCAGUGGCACGGGCGAUGCCCCGCCCAUGCCGGCCUCUGCUGCGGCGACGGCACGCGGCAACGGGUUCCUGUCGCCCAACGACGACAAUACGCCGUCUGGCCACUCUGCCUUUGCCAGCGAAGGCGCCAAUGCCUCGCCGACACGCGAGCGCGACGGCUUCUUCCCCAACUCGCCGGUGCGCAUGGACUCGACGGCGCUCUCCUUCUCGUCCAAGGACUUUGAGAAGGGCGCCAACGGGCAGCGCUCCACAUCGACGCCCAAGCCUCGCUCGGGCAUCAGCUUCCCGGGCUCGGGCCGCUCCAAGUCCGGCAGCAUGAAGUCGCCCGGCGGGCGCACCUUUGCGCCGCCUGCGUCGGCGAGCAACUUGGCGGCGCUGCAGAACGGCGCCAACGGCGCAUCGCCAGGCGCGGGACCGGCGCGCGGCAACUUCCGCCGCACCUACUCGAGCAACUCGAUCAAGGUGCGCGACGUCGAGGUGGGGCCGAGCAGCUUCAGCAAGGUCAAGAUGCUGGGCAAGGGCGAUGUGGGCAAGGUGUACCUGGUGCGCGAGAAGAAGACGGAGAAGCUCUUUGCCAUGAAGGUUCUGUCGAAGAAGGAGAUGAUCAAGCGCAACAAGAUCAAGCGCGUCAUGGCCGAGCAGGAGAUUCUCUCGACGUCGAACCACCCCUUCAUCGUGACGCUCUACCACUCCUUCCAGAGCGACGACUAUCUCUAUCUCUGCAUGGAGUACUGCAUGGGCGGCGAAUUCUUCCGCGCCCUGCAGACGCGGCCGGGCAAGUGUCUGCCCGAGGAGGAUGCGCGCUUCUACGCGGCCGAGGUCAUUGCGGCGCUCGAGUACCUGCACCUGAUGGGCUUCAUCUACCGCGACCUGAAGCCAGAGAACAUUCUGCUGCACCAGUCGGGCCACGUCAUGCUCUCCGACUUUGACCUCUCGGCGCGCGCCACGCACAAGGGCGGCGCGCCGGCCAUGAUCCGGCAGGCGACGCCGAGCAGUGCGCCCCUCAUCGACACGCGAUCCUGCAUUGCCGAUCUGCGCACCAACUCGUUCGUGGGCACAGAGGAGUACAUCGCGCCCGAAGUCAUCAAGGGCUGCGGACACACGAGUGCCGUCGACUGGUGGACGCUCGGCAUUCUCAUCUACGAGAUGAUCUUCGCCACGACGCCGUUCAAGGGCUCGUCGCGCAACGCCACCUUCUCCAACGUGCUGCGGCACGAGGUGACGUUCCCCGAGGCGACGCCCAUCUCGUCGUUUGGCAAGUCGCUGAUCCGCAAGCUGCUGCUCAAGGACGAGCUGCGGCGCCUCGGCUCGCAGUCGGGCGCGAGCGAGGUCAAGACGCACAAGUGGUUCGCGCCCAUCUCGUGGGGCCUGCUGCGCAACCUCACGCCGCCCAUCGUGCCGGCCUUCUCCAACGGCCUCGACGCCAUCAACUUCCGCACCGUGCGCGAGAGCCGCAGCCUCAACCUCGACUCGCAGGCCGGCGACUCGCUGCGCACGCCGCAGAAGGAGGCCGGCGGCGCGUCGGCAUCGCGCGGCGACGCAGACAUCAAGGCCAGCGCCGGCAAGCGUGGCGUCGGCGACGAGGACGGCGACGCAGUCGUCGCCAAUCCGUUCCAGGGCUUCAACAGCGUCACUCGCGUCAUGGACUAGCGACGCCAGUCCGCUCGCUCAUCAAGCGUAUCUCACGCCCUUCCAGCACCGUGCUCGCCAUCAUUGCCUAGCACACGCCCAUCAUACGACUCUCUCGUCAUGCCCCUCUUGAUCCCCGCCGCUCUGCGCUCCUGUCCUUUUCCCUCGCACGAUCGCGUCCCGUCUCCCUCACGCCCAUUCAUCGCCCAAGCCCACACGCUCACAGACAUCGCUCCGCUCCUCCUCUCACACUCACACGUCUUUUCCUCCUCUGCCCGCCUCUUGUGCUCGCUCGCUCCUUCUCGGUCAAUGCCAACUCAUCCAUCUUCAUCGCCCAUUGCGCCUCUGCCUGCUGCUCAGCCGGGGCGCGAGACACAUACUUCAAGAAG